UCCAGCCUGUCCCACUCUGGGUAAGAGGAAACCCUAAACUGCUCUGACUCAACCAGCCUGGCCCAUUUCUCUUACUCUUUCUUCCCUCUCUUUUCUCUCACUCCUGCGCGAAUCUACUCAGGAUGAGAAUGGCAACAUUAUCUGGACAGAGUCCUUCCAAAAUGUUGGCUUUUGCUUUGCUUCUCGUCGCCCAACUUUUGAGCGCCGGAGUGACGGCACAGGAAAACGUGCGAGGAGAUGGGGUCCUGAAGACUACUAAAGCUCCUGCAGCUACAAAAGCAUCUGGUCAAGAAGUAGUUUUUCCUACGCUGGAGUCAAAUAAGUCUUCUCCACAGACAAAUAUAUCAGAAGACAGCAGUCCUUCUGCCACAUCCACAUUCAACCUUGUUCUAUCAAAGAAAACAACAAAUGUACCCCAACCCACCCCAGCACCUAAUUCUGCCAGAGGUGACAACUUUCCAAGGCCUGUAGAUGUUGUGUGCGUGAGUAAACAGGCAAUGGAGGGAAAAAAUGCUGUUCUUGUGAAACUGAAGUCAUCCACCAGUUGUGUAGACACACGGAAGAGUAUUAUAAGUGUUCUUCCAGAACUGUGUGGUGAAGACUGCAAGCUGGAGCUCUAUCAAGAAGACAACACAGAUAACGUCCUCGUGUCUGGGAAGUAUGUAGAAGAUGAUGUGACAGGCAUGGUAAACAAAUUCAACAAUGACAACAUAAAGGAUAAAGCCAAUGUCCAGGGAGCCACUCCUCGCUGGGAGAAAAACUUAAAGUUGGUGCUGGUUUCUUUGCUGCUUACCGGCCUGUUGCUGGGUGUGCUGCUGGUGGCAUUAUAUUACUUUAAGGCACACCGCAAGAACUCCAAAGGUGUCAGACUGGCUGAAUCUUUCCAGGUGGAUGAGGAGAACCAGGCCAACACCCUGGUAUCUGUGGCCCCACUGCAUCAGGAGCCAGCUGACAAACCUAGUGCCAAUGGAGAGUCUCCACCUGAAAAUGGGACGAACUCCACUCCAACCACUAACGGACACUCUGCCAACCAGACCCCAGUGGCUGACACAGAGAUGUGAAUCACAAUACAAUCUUCAAUAUCUCAUUGGGCCAGUCACCUACUAACCUCUACGUUCAUCUGAGACAAAUUCAACUUGAAUUACUCACAUUCACAUCUCCACCUGCUCUUCUACUCAACUACCUGGACUCCAGGUGAAAAUGCAAAUGAUGAUAUAAUGACGACAGUGCCUGUAAUGUGAAAAGUUUGGGAACACUUACCUUUGCAGAUGUCAGCAAGAGCCUGCUUACAAUGACAAAGGGAGUGGGAGUUUCAUAACUGUUCUGACUUCAGUCUUAUUAUGACAAUAUUUGUAGAACCAUGAAGUCAUGCCAUGUAUUUUUUAUCUUUGACAAAGAAGCAAAAACUCAUUUUGUACUUUGAUCCACAAAUGUGCUGCAAUGAACUAGUGAUGCUAAAAGAAAAAGGUCAUUGUGUUUUUUAUAAAGGAACAAACUCUCACUUUUGUUGUUUGUUUCAAAAACUCCUUAAAGUGAAUUAAAAGCCAACCCAAACAGCUUAUUUUAUUAAACCCAAAGAUCACUUUAAUAUUUUUCUGCAACGAGUUAGAAGGAAAACAACAUGCAUGGUCAAGGUCUUUGGUUUUACUGCAGAAUGAAUAUUGCUCCAAAGUUAUUAAAAAUGUGUAAAUGUGAGUGGAAAGUUGUGUAGUUCCCAGGCUGCUUUAGCCUUCUUCCUGCUGAACAGCCAAACCUCUGCAGCUGACCUUUUGGUCUAAACUCAUUUAAGGCAGGAUCAAAAGUGAAUUUGUAUUCUGUGCCAGUGUGGUUUUCAUUAUGUUUUAUAUUUUAUUUUGCAACAGAAUUAAAUUUUCAACUUUAACUACUGUCUUAGGGAAUUAUAUGGAAAUUUAGCUCGUUUACAUAACAGACUGGAGCUUUCUAGAUGCCAGGAUGACAAAGAAAAUCUCUGCUGUGACAUUCUUUCACAACUUACAGCGGGUUUAGAUUUGUAAGGAGCAUCUUUGUCUUCUACUUUUGGUAAAACAUAUUUUCUACUCCAAGGUUAAGCAUUUUUUUUUGUGUUUCACGAUGUGCUCCCAUGUAUAAAUAUGCGUGCUUUCUUAUUCAUAAACUGUUUUUGUUACCAAAAUGCAGGUUGUUCUCACCUUAUUUGUGCUGUGCUGACAUUAUUGAUCAAUAAAAAAAUGUUUAACCACAA